UGCUUCCACACAUCCGGCGAAAAAAAAAGAGAACGAUGGCUACAGAGGGUUUCCAAACCUGUCGUCUUUGAAUAAUUAUUGUCAUUCUGGAUGAAAAAUAGCGAUAGUAUCACCCCCUCCCCCAACAUACAUCGUGAUGGAAAAUAAUCCCGUCACACGGUGGUCAUAGUGGCACGAGCUUGAAACUGUUUCGUUACAAUCCGGUGUUCGUAGCAAGCUAGCUAGUUGUUCUGCGUGGGCUUGCGUCACCGGGCAGCUGUCCGUCAAAUUCCUUGGGAGGGGUCUAUAAAACACAAAAUGGCGACUCCAGUCAACAUCCAAAACCCCAGUAAGACGUGGGAGCUGAGCUUGUAUGAACUGCACAGGAGCCCACAGGAGGCGAUCAUGGACGGCACAGAGAUAGCGGUGUCCCCCCGGAGCCUCCACAGUGAGCUGAUGUGCCCCAUCUGUCUGGACAUGUUGAAGAACACAAUGACCACCAAGGAGUGCCUGCACCGCUUCUGCUCCGACUGCAUCGUCACUGCACUCCGAUCAGGGAACAAGGAAUGCCCCACGUGCCGAAAGAAGCUUGUGUCGAGACGCUCGCUCCGCCGCGACUCCAACUUUGACGCCCUCAUCUCCAAGAUCUACCCCAGCCGCGACGAGUACGAGGCCCACCAGGACCGGGUGCUGGAGAGACUCAACCGGCUGCACAACAAGCAGGCCCUCAGCUCCAGCAUUGAGGAGGGGCUGCGCAUGCAGGCUAUGCACAGAGCCCAGCGAGUGCGCAAACCGGCGCAGGAGAGCGACAACACCACCUUCAGCGGCGGCGAGGACAACGGGGAUGCACGGUCACACCUCUCCCACGACUCUGCGCCUUCCCACGCGCCCCUCCCCCCGAGCCACACACCCUCUGAGGCCGGGCCCAGCCGGAACCCUAAGCGGCCCAGGGUGUCAGAUGAGUCAGGCCCGGAGGUGGAUGGGGGCAGCCCCACGGCCCCGCUCCGGCACCACAAAGAGGGCCCUGGCUCAGAGAUAGAGCUGGUUUUCCGUCCGCACCCCCUGCUGGUCAACACACAGGACUACAGCCAGACCAGAUAUGUGAAGACCACAGCCAACGCCACAGUGGACCACCUGUCUAAGUACCUGGCUCUGCGUAUCGCUCUGGAGGAGAGGCAAAGAGACAGCCAAUCCGAUGCAGCGAUGGAGAAGGGGAAAGAGGGAGUGGAGGCGGGGGCUAAAGGAGAGAAAUCAGCAGGAGGGGCCAGCCUGAAGAACGUCAGUGAGAAGCAAUACACCAUCUACAUCACCACAUCAGGGGGACAGUUCUCUACUCUGAAUGGAUCCCUGACUUUAGAGCUGGUGAAUGAGAAGUACUGGAAGGUCAGAAAGCCUCUGGAGCUUUACUAUGCCCCCACCAAGGACCAACCUCUUCAACCAUCACAGCCACCGCAGCAGAAGUCCCCACAGCCCAAAGAGGGGUGAGGAGGACAGGAGUCCUCCCUCUUCAGCCGUUAUCACACGCUGUCUCUGACAGAGUUCUGUGUGUGGCGUGUAGCUGCUUCUAAGGUAGUCAUUUGGAACAUUCCAUAGAUUGAAGGUCUUCAACUUUGACCUCAGAAUCUGAAGUUUUUCUGUUUUUAUCUUCCGUAGCUUCUAAUCAAACCUGAGUAUGAAGUUGUUUUUGCAAUACCUACACAUUUUUUCCUUAAUCGAAUGGUUGACUUAAAAUGCUGUCUGGACCGGUGUGCACACCGACAGGCAACACCUACGUAGUCCAGCCUUCCUUCAGACCACCAAGUGUUGCUUGACCUUGCAUCAGGACUGCCAGAUUUUGUUGAUACAUCAUUUCAGAUCAGUGUGAGGAUUUUACACUACCGGUCAAAAGUUUUAGAAUACCUACUCAUUCAAGGGUUUUUAUUUAUUUUGACUCUUUUCUACAUUGUAGAAUAAUAGUGAAGAGAUCAAAACUAUGAAAUGACAUGUGGAAUCAUGUAGUAACCACAAAAGUGAUAAACAAAUCAAAAUACAGUAUAUUUUAUAGUUGAGAUUCUUCAAAUAGCCACCCUUUGCCUUGACAGCUUUGCACUCAUGGCAUUCUCUCAACCAGCUUCAUCUGGAAUGUUUUUCAAACAGUCUUGAAGGAGUUCCUACAUAUGCUGAGCACUUGUUGGCUGCUUUUCCUUCACUCUGCGUUCCGACUCAUCCCAAACCAUCUCAAUUUGGUUGAGGUCGGAAGAUUGUGGAGGCCAGGUCAUCUGAUGCAGCACUCCAUGACUCUCCUCUAAAAUAGCCCUUACACAGCCUGGAGGUGUGUUGGGUCAUUGUACUGUUGAAAAGAAAAUGAUAGUCCCACUAAGUGCAAACCAGAUGGGAUGGCGUAUCACUGCAGAAUGCUGUGGUAGCCAUGCUGGUUAAGUGUGCCUUGAAUUCUAAAUAAAUCACUAACAGUGUCACCAGCAAAGCACCCCCACAACAUCACACCUCCUCCAUGCUUCACGGUGGGAACCACAAAUGUGGAGAUCAUAUGUUUACCCACUCUGCAUCUCACAAAGACACGGCGGUUGGAAACAAAAAUCUCCAAUUUGGACUCCAGACCAAAUGACAAAAUUCCACCGGUCUAAUGUCCAUUGCUCGUGUUUCUUGGCCCAAGCAAGUCUCUUAAUAUUGGUAUCCUUUAAUAGUGGUUUAUUUCAGCAAAUCGACCAUGAAGGCCUGAUUCACACAGUCUUCUCUGAACAGUUGAUGUUGAGAUGUGUCUGUUACUUGAACUCUGUGAAGCAUUUAUUUGUGCUGCGAUUUUUGAGGCUGGUAACUAAUGAACGUAUCCUCUGCAGCAGAGGUAACUCUUGGUCAUCCAUUCCUGUGGCGGUCCUCAUGAGAGCCAGAUGCAUCAUAGCGCUUGAUGGUUGUUGCGACUGCAUUUGAAGAAACAAAGUUCUUGAAAUUUUCCGUAUUGACAAACCUUUAUGUCUUAAAGUAAUAAUGGACUGUCGCUUUGCUGAUUUUGAGUUGUUCUUGCCAUAAUAUGGACUUAGGGCUAUUUGGUAAAGUACCAUCUUCUGUAUACCACCCCUACCAUGACACAACACAACUAAUUGGGUCAAACACAUUAAGAAGGAAAAUGUACUUUUAAGAAGGUACACCUGUUAAUUGAAAUGCAUUCCAGGUGACUACCUCAUGAAGCUGGUUGAGAGAAUGCCAAGAGUGUGCAAAGCUGUCAUCAAAGCAAACGGUGGCUAUUUGAAGAAUCUCAAAUACAAAUUAUAUUUAGAUUUGUUUAACACUUUUUUUUGUUUCCUACAUGAUCCAUGUGUGUUUUGACGUCUUCACUAUUAUUCUACAAAGUAGAAAAUAAAGAAAAACCUUUGAGUAAGUGUUCUAAAACUUUUGACCGGUAGUGUACAUUGGCAAAUGUUGUAGAGAUUAACCCCCUUUUCCCUUUGAGACAGACUUGGAAUGACCAGAGGUCAUAUAGGAUGGUUGAAUUGAAUAUUAUGCAAGAAUAUACUGCUAUAUAGCAGUAGAUUGGGACUUUUCUAUACUGAAUUCAGCUUGCUUUGAAAUUAGUUAAUGAUUGUAACUAUUUAUGUCAUAUUUAAUUUCUUUAAGACAUCACUGAUGCACUAUGCCGCUUAUUAAGGAUAUCAAGUAGCAACGGUUGGUGGAAUUGAGCUAGUUAAUGUGAUUUAUCCUAAGCUUGGACCCAUAGGGUCCACAGGGCUUUUUCCUAAUGCUAGCUUUCACUUCCUUUAUUAAGUCUUACCUGAUGCACUUUAUACACCGAGUAUACUAAACAUUAGGAACACCCCCCAAAGGGAUGCUGGCCCAUGUUGACUCCCAGUGUUUCCAUUCUUGAGACACAUGGGAAACUGUUGAGCGUUAGUUCUUGACCCAAACCGGUGCACCUGGCACCUACUACCAUUCAAAGGUACUUAAAUAUUUUGUCUUACCCAUACAAUCCAUGUCUCAAGGCUUAAAAAUCCUUCUUUAACCUCCUCCCUGUCAUCUACACUGAAGUGGAUUUAACAAGUAACAUCAAUAAGGGAUAAUAACUUUCACCUGGAUAGUCUCAUGGAAAGAGGUGUUAUUGUUUUGUAUAGUCGGUGUAUGUUCUGCUGGCAUAUAAUGGGUUUUCUUACCUCAGUUUUUCUAUGAUCUUUGUACAAUUAAGGCAAUAUAUCCCACUUUGAACUGUUACUCAGCUUAUUUGUAUUGCAAUUCCUCUUGAUCCAUUCAGCACAAUAAAAAAAGGCCAGGGUUGCGUUGGUAUGAAA